GUUCCCAGUCUGUGCUUUCCCUGUUUUUAUAUUAUGAUAUCAAUUAACAACCUUUUAAAAUAAAAACAACAAGAUUAUGAUAUUCGUAAUAUACUAAUUAGUGUUGUUUGUAUUGUUUGGAUCAUCAAUAACUAUUUAGUUGAAUGUGUUCAUUGGUAAAAGUCAGUUAAAUAGUAAAUUUCAUGCAGUGUACUCUAAAAUCAUGGAAUACCAAGAUCAAGACAUAAAUUAUGAUAAUAUUAUUGAGACUCUUUUGAACACAUUUGGUAAUGCGUUUAGCAGAGAUUGUCUGUUUGCGAUUGUUGAAGAUUGCGGAGGCGAUCUUGAACAGUCUGCAAAUGCUAUUAUAAAUAUGAUGGAUAGUAAUUUGGAGUCAUCGAGUUGGACAGACACAAAAGAACAUGUUUUAACAGAAAAUGUUUGUGCAAAUCAAAUUAAUACAAGUCAACAAAAUGUUAAUUCAUACAACAUGGGUUCUGAAACUAUACCCAAGACUCCAAGUACAAGUUCUACAGUGGAUAUUCCAAAAGAAACAAAAUGUGUGACCUCCUAUGCUGGUGCAUCAAGAAAACAAUGCCAACAAGUUCAGCCUCAACAGCCAGCCCAAUCUUCGCAACGAGAUCCAAAAAGAAAAAUUACAACUUCUCAAAAUUUUUGGACAGAACAGUUGAAACAAAUUUUAUCAUACCACAAAGACGGUGUACGUGUUUUGAUUGUUAUGCGUGGAUUAUCGGGUAGUGGAAAGACAUACCUUGCAAAGAAACUUAUUGAUGCUAUUUACCCGGUUCCGAGUGAACGAAACUAUUCCACUCACAUUUUCAGUACAGAUGAUUAUUUUAUGCAGAAUAAUUUGUAUGUGUUUGACAAAAGCAGGCUUUCAGAAUUUCAUGAACGAAACGAAAGAAUGGCAAGAAAUAGUAUGAUUCAAGGAGUCAGUCCAGUAAUUAUUGAUAAUACUAAUGUGGAACUCUGGGAAAUGAAAGCUUAUGUAUAUGAAGGCAUUAAGAAUGGUUAUAUAGUUGAAGUAGUUGAACCAAAUACACCCUGGGCAAGAAAUCCAAAGCAACUUCUGAGACAUACACUUCAUAAUGUUCCAAUUCAUACUAUCCAAAGAAAACUUGACACCUACCAAAAUGGUGUGACUGGUGCCUUUUUAAUAAGAUAUUUUGGAUAUUAUUAUGAAUCUACUAUGAGACCUCCCGUUUUAAGACUUGUACCUCCUAUUGUUCGAGAAAACGAAACGACUGUUCCUGUUGAAAAUGAUAAAAAUAUCCCUACAAAAAAUAUGGAUAAUAAAAGCCAGGAAUCUGAUCAAAUUUCAGAUAAUCAAGAUUUUAUUGGACAACCUUCAUCUUCUAAAAUGUCUGAUGAAAACUUGUUUAAGGAGUCAAAUUUUCAAAGUAGUGAGAUUAAAGAUGCAAAAAAUUCGUUGGAAAAUACGAAUUUGACUGAAAUGAAAAUAUCGCUAGAAGAAAUAGAAAAAAUAGAAGAAGAAUGGGAGAAUGGCGAAGACUGGAACGACAACUCAAAUAAUAUAGUAAAAGAAAGUGAAUGUCUUCAAUCGGCUGAAGCGAGACCUCAAAGAAAAGAGUUACCAAAAUCAUCGAAAAAAGAGAACUUGUUAGCAUCGGUGGGAGAAUGUCAGGAUUGGAGUAAAAUGUCGAUGUUUUUACCAUCUUGGGGUGAAAGUAGCCGUUUACCAGAAGUGCCAAAGGUAAUUGUAGAGAAAAAGUCAAGUUCAACGUGCAUUGAAUUAGGCGAUACUGAAAUUUCAGUUUUAAAAAAUCCUCUUAAAAUAAUAACAGCCACAUCGAGAGAUAUCAAUGAAUCUUACGUGGAAUUGAAAAACACUAAGAUUCCUGAUAAAUGGAUGCUACAUAAAAGCACUUCUACCACUAAUAAUCAAAUUUUAAAUUAUAUGCCACGGUGCGGAAAUGAAGAGAAACAUUUUAAUUUGUUUCGGAAAUUGUUUAAAAAUAUUCCAAGAUCCGAUUUAAGACAUAUUUUUGAUAAUUGUAACGGUGAUGUUAAUUGGGCAGUCGAUAUUGUUCUUGAUGGUGUGGAUAAUCAAAAAUUAGGUACACGUGAUACAAACGACGUUUCUGACACAGAAGUAGAAGAAGAAAAUGAAGAUCUCUGCACAUGUUUAGCCGCAUACGAUAUUUUACCCGAUCAGAAUGAGCCCUCAUCACCAAUUGAACCAGAGCAAAAUGUAGUUCAGGCUUUGUCACCUAUUUAUACAAAAAAAGGUAAAAGAGAAAUUGCAAUGUCAGAGGCAUAUAUACAAUUGAAACGACAAAUAGAAGAAAACGUUGUAAUACCAGACAAUCAUUACUCACAACAAUGUUUAAAAAUCAGGAAAAUUCGGCGGGGUGAAUGUAUUACAGAGGAAAAUAAAGAAGAAAAUGUAAGUGCUUCGGAUAAUACGGAGGAUCUCGUUGACGAAAGUAAUAUUCCGGGUACAUCGGGACUAUCAGAAGAAAAUGUAAACAAUGACAAUAUUGUUUGUACUUCUAAAAAUGAUGAUAGCGAAGCAAGCGACGGCGAUUCGACAACUGAAGAUGAACUUGAUAAGAUAGUAAAUAUCAACAUCGGACAUUUGUUCGUUAAACAGAUAGAUGCGAUUUUUGGGCGGGCUGAUAUGCAAUAUCCACCUUCAAUAGAGCCUAGGAUUAGUAUACGUACGUCGCUCUUGAAUGAGAUCAACGCUUUAUGGAUGGAGUCCCUAAUGUAUCAAUUGGAACAAUGUUAUAAACAAACAAAUUUAAUGAUUAAACAGGAUGAAGAAACUGCGAGAUUAUUAUUAUUAAAAGAAGAGGAAUUAUUAAGAGACGGAAGAGAACCUGAUUUCCCGGAUUUUAAAGAAAUUAUGGACAUGGAUUUAGCACUUACGUUGUAUUAUAAAGAUGUAGAAGAAUGGCGUAACCGGGAACCUGCUGAUUUAGCAGCCAAACUUUCAAGAGAUAAGUUGUAUAACUUGUUUCCGGAGAUUUCCAAAGAUAUCUUGUCUGAGUUGCUCAUGGCACAUGACAACAAUUUUCAAGCAACUGUUGAGGUACUCUUGAUUUCAACGGGUCGGGCUAAUAUACUUGACGAUAAAAAUGGCGUCAGCAAAUUUGUCAUGGAGAAGGAAAUAGAGAGGCAAGAGAAAAUUCUCGAUAAAGAGAAAAAGGAACUUUCAAAAGUCGAAUGGCCAUUGCUACCGACUCCGGAGAAGGUUGAUAUGGAAACGGUGCAGAUGUAUCGCGACCAGGCUGAAAAUCAUUUGUCAAGACGAAACUUAAACUCUCAAAAGGCUCAAGAUUACAUACGAAGAGGAAUGACUCAAGUAGCGACAUUUUACUCAGACUACGCGUCUUAUCACACUAAGAAAUAUGAACAAGCCAACAGUUUGGCAGCUGCCACACUUAUGCAGUUGAACGCAUUAAACUGCGCCGAUAAUGCCACGAUCGACCUACAUUACCUUAGAGUUGGGGAAGCAAAGGAAUCCCUCGAUUUGUUCCUUGACACACAUAUCCAGAAACUGAGAGAAACGCAAGCCAGAACUGGCAUUAGGUCGCACACCCUGUUCUUCAUAACCGGACGUGGACUGCACAGCAACGGGAAACCCCGAGUUAAGCCAGCUGUCAUGAAGAGGCUUCAAGAACGAGGAUUGAGCUUUUACGAACGCAAUCCCGGGUUGCUCACUGCCAAGGUCUGCGCGGAAGACAAGCUAUCCUACCAAAUAGCUUAGGAUCAGUUGAAAUCGUCUAGAGACGGACGAUUUCAACAAGAUAUUUGACAAUACGAGACGCCUCCUCAAGUCCAAUAUUACCCGUACAAUCCAGUUUAUAUACACUAUCCCAUGUACCCAUGGCCCGUGUUCCCGGCCUACAAAGCGGUCUAUAUUGACUCGUACUCGGGGCCGCGGGCGACCAUGUUUUUUUACAGUCAUUUUAUAUAUUUAGGAUAGUGUGGAUGUUCAAAUUAUACUGUGGAUUUAAGGUAACGUCCAAAGAACGAAGCAGUCCUUCCAAAAACUUAUCUACGGCAAUUGUGCGGGUUACGUUUGGUGUCGCGUUCAAAUUCUGCUGUUACGGAACUAUUGAUGUGACUUUAGUUAUAAUUUCAAGUCUAAGUGUUGCUAGGAGUUAGUCUAUAAGGAUCUUCAUGUGGAUUUCAUUUGUUUUUAUUAAGUUUAAUUGAAUUCGAUUUAAAAUUGUUAAUUUCUUUAUAAGAUUAUAUUUAAGGAAACCUUAAAAUGUUUCGUUGAAUCGCUACUAUUUUUAUUAUUUUGUUAUAUAAUGUUUUAUGAAUAGAUCAUUGUAUAUAAAUGCCAUACCAUUUAUUAAUAAUUAUUGUAAAAUUUUUAACAAUUUACACUUACGUUUUUCAACGUUACAAGGUGUUUUCGCCAGGAUUGGAAAUCUUAUAUUUAAUCUUUAAUAGGACGAUGUGAUUGUACACGAUAUGUGAUUAAAAAUUGUUAUAAACGUUCAAUAUUACCCUUUACUUGAACAAAAGUAAAUGGUAUACGGAUUUGCUAUAAUUAGCACAAUCUAUUUUUGGAAAUUUAUUACGAUCGUCACGGACAAGGUCCUAGAGAUAAACAAAUCUUGAGACUGACUAAGCGAAGUUAUUACGAUUGAUCUUCAUUUUGAAUAACAGAAAUAUUAAUGUUUUAAAUUAAAUUAUACGAACUUAAACGCAGUAUUCUUAAAAUAAAAUGAUCAUUUUAGUAAACGAGUCGAAAAAUUAAUAACCUUGAAGAUUAAAAAUUUUAGAAUUAAAAUUAAUUUAAUAUUUCAUUCAUUAUAACGUAGUAUUGUAAAUAAUAAAUUAGAAAUAUUUUUACUGUGUAAGUUAAAUUAAAAUAUUCACAUUU